AUGAGACGUUCAAUCACAGCGCUCGCUACUUUUGCAACGUGCGCUAGUGCCGCGACUAAUAUCACGGAAUCACUUGUUCAACUUUGUACUGUUGCCAAUUCAGAGGCAUCUUUACCCACCGAUGGGAUUGCUGGUAUCACCAUGGUCCCAUCGCUUAAAUCAGCAAAUAUUUAUAAUGCAACCGAUUCCGUCUUAGGAGGUGGAGGAGGACAGGCUUAUUUGCUUUCUACCGAUCCACUUGGUGGUCUUAUAUAUGGAGCAGUUGGAGGCAUGACUUCUGCUGGCUAUGAUAAUGCAAAUUCUGCCUAUGAUGAAGCGGCCUUGCUUGCAAAUGAAACUAUUAACUGGCCUGCUACCAUGACACGUCCCUUGGUCUUGGUUUCAGCAAGCGCCAAGUUGCCAGUAGCACCACUACUUACCAACGAGCGCAAGAUGGAACUCGAUUCUUGGGUUCUUGAUAUCCCAUCCACCGGUAGCGAAUACAUUGUUAAGUUGAUUGAGUUGUUGAACAUUGACAAUUUACUUAGUAUCGAUAAUGUUAUAUACGAUACUAUGAUAGAAUGGAUGAAUACCGGGAUGGCCAAGUACUACGAUAGCUUGCAGACUACUCUUCCCGAUCUCACUCCAUGUCAAUCUUCAAAAGGGAAACUUCUUCAUUACCAUAGCGAAUCAGACCCAAGCAUUCCCACUACAUCAUCAGUCCACUACUGGCAAUCUUUUCGCUCUGUGAUGUAUCCAGAUUUGUCUGAAGAUGACAGUCUUGCUGCCCUUGCUGAUUUGUAUCAAUUCUAUUUGAUCCCUGGUGCAACUCACUGUGGAGCAAACACUCUACAACCCGAUGGUCUAUACCCUAAGGAUAAUAUACACACAAUGAUCGAUUGGGUCGAGAAAGGUAUUAAACCUACUGCUCUUAACACCACUGUUGGCGGUGGUGCCGUGGAAGGUGAUGCUGUGAGCCUCUGCCAAUGGCCAACUCGUCCUCUUUUUCACUCAAACACUAGCAGUGGAUUUGACUGUGUCAAUGACGCGAGAUUUAUUGAGGCCUGGACUUACUCCUUCCCAGCAUUUAAGAUCCCAGUUUAUUAA